UGCGGCGAUUCUAAAUACUCAGUUGUGGCAAAUCGCUUUCUCAAUACGUUCUUGGCUUUACCAUUUUCUACGGUCCUAGCAAAUUGCAAUUACAACUUUGGAUAAUUCACUUUAACGGCACUGUUGGUCAAUACUUGGAAAACACUUCAGCAAUACUCUCACGUCUCGGAUUGGCGUUGAGCAGCUCACCAACUUCACCUACAACCACCAACUCGCAUCUAUGUGCGUAGUCGCUCUUGAUGGUUAUUAUGGCAUCUCCAACGGCAAACUCAACAGACAAUCCUCUUCACGAGCCGCCGGGUAGCAGUAAGCCUGCAAAUAAUGUUGCACAUGACGGUAGACUCAAGCUUGGUGACUUUACCAAGCUGAAUUCGAACAGCCUUACGGACUGGGCCUCCCCCAAGAAUGCAAAGGCUUUCGAUUCAACCCCGUCCCUUGGAAACUUCAAACGGCUCUUCCAGCAAAUCCGUAUCAAUGACAAUGAAUCAUCCCAACACCAGCGAGAGCCAUUGGCUUCUUCAAAGGUACAGCCGAUCACGAUAUUGAAGCGACCUUCUGUACCGCACUCCACCAACAGUGCAGACAGUAUUCCCAGAUCCUCGGUUGGGCCUAAACAUUCCCAUGAAAAUAACCAUGAGCAAGCAUGUCUUGCCACCUCAAGGCAACCGGACCACAGCCUUGAGGCCCAUAUUGAAUCUGACGGGAUGGCAAGCGAACUCCAUAAGAAGCGAACUGGAAAGGCUCUUCGAAUUAAGAAGGAGACUGUUCUGAAGGAAGACAUGUUUGAAGAAGAGGAGAAUGAAUCCCUCCAAUCAACCCGGCCCAACUUCGAUCCCAUUACCGACUCAGAGGCUGGAUGCGGUUCUGACACUGAUGUGCUACCUGCCACGUCUUACUCAACUGCUGCCUCAACACCACCAAGCUCAAGCGAGUCUCCGCUUAAGCAUUUUGACGAAACCAAAAAGAGCAAGAAAAGUUCAAAUUCGGGCAAGGGCAAAUCGCAUUCCAGAGAUAGCUCUGAACCCAAUAUAGUGGUCUUGGGUGGCAUUCAAUCGGACCAUGUCAGACAUAUCAUCUCAUAUCAGCAUUUCAAGUAUGGCCCCCUUACUGAGAUUCACAGUAGCGUGCAGACCACGGUGGUCAAGCAUGAGGGCCUCAUGAGAAAGCUCGUCCAUGAGCGGGUCAUAGACUCUAUGAUCUGCAAAGAUUAUCCAACCAUCGCAGAAAAUGGAAUUCAUGUCUUUGUCGACAUGUCCAACAUCAUCAUUGGUUUCCAAAAGGCCCUAAGAGCCAAAUUUGGUUUGCCGGAGUCUUCGCGCUUUGUCCCACUCCCACAAAUGAACCUUGCUUUCUUUCACGAACUUCUCACUCGCGAUCGAUACGCGGAAUGGCUCAACGUUGGCUGUUCUGUGCGUCCCAACCGCAACGAGCCUUCUUUUGUCCAAGAACUCAAGGAUCUUGGCUACCGCGUCGACCUUCGCAGUCGUCGUCCUGAGCAAUCUGGUGCUGAUGACCACAACACAUUCGAAGCCGGCGGCUUCCGUUAUGUCGAAGACAUGGUUGACGAAACCCUCCAAAUUAGAAUCAGCGAGUCUGUUAUGCAGUAUUUCGAGGAGCCCGGCACGCUUGUCAUCGCUACUGGUGAUGCUCGGCCGGCCAAGUAUUCGGACGGCUUCCUGACACAAGCCCAACGCGCUCUGAAAAUGGGCUGGAGCGUUGAGGUUGUUUCCUGGAAAGCCAGUCUUUCUUCUACUUGGACUACUCUUUUGAGGGGCCAGAGCAUCGGCUCCCGAUUCCGCAUCAUCGAACUCGACCAGUUUCUUGACGAACUUUGGAUCUGCUAAACUCAUCCCGUCGCGCCUCCUGCUGAAAUACGCAGGGCCGCUUGAUGGGAGCCUGAUGGGUGCGUGUUUAACGAUCUUGGUCCCAGAACGGAUCUUUUGAGAUAUCCCCA